AUGAGUAAUAUUCUUACAGAUUUAAAAAGAGAAAUAGCUGUAUGGGAGCGAACGGCAGCUUCAGUCAGCAGUUACAGUAAAGAUGAAAAUAUAGUUAAGGAAAGUUUACUGAAACAAAUGGCACAGUUACAAACCAAAUUAAAAGACACUGUUAAUCACUGUAAAACUGCAUCGGCGCAUGUAAAUCGGGUAGAAAAUUUAAAGAAGCAGGCACUUUCUCGUUUAGGCUUAAUAGACUACAUAGGCAAGCAAACUCAAUACGUAAUAACCUCAGUGGGACCUGAGUCAAGACUUGCUACAGCCAUAGUAUUGAUUCUGUGGGUCUCUGCAGUAGCAUCAGCGUUUGUAGACAAUUUACCGUUAACCACGAUGAUGAUAAAAAUUGCCACUGAUCUUUCACAUAAUGAAGAAUUACAUUUGCCUUUACCUCCGCUGAUCUGGGCUCUUUCUUUCGGAUCAUGCCUUGGAGGAAACGGUUCCCUUUUUGGUUCAUCAUCGAAUAUUAUCUGUGCAGGAGUUGCAGAGCAACAUGGGUACAGAUUUAGUUUUUUGCAUUUUACCAAAGUUGGAUUACCAGUGAUGAUAACAAGUACCAUAAUCAUAACUAUGUACUUACUAGUAUGUCAUGUAAUUCUAGACUGGCAGUAA